AAAGCUGAGCUCCUCCGGGCGCUGCUCUCGUUACGUGCAUUAAUAGCCUCCUCGCUGCGCCGGCUGACACAGCCCAGCAGCUGUCUCGGCCGCCCCGCUCUCCCGGGCAGCGCGGGGCUGACAUUUCCAAACGCUCAGAUGCGCCAGGAUUCCGGGAGACCUCGCGAAUCACCCGCUGCGCUCCGCCAGGAGCACCGGGCCGGAGCAGGAUGGACGAGAACAAACCCCUGAAGGUCCGGCUGACGUUCUCCGUGAUCCUGGUUGGCGUCUCCCUCCUGUUUGCUGCCGUAGUGACUGACCACUGGGCCGUGCUGAGCCCCAAAGUGGAGGAAUAUAACGCCACCUGCGAAGCGGCUCAUUUCGGGCUAUGGCGACUCUGUACAAAGCGGAUUUUUAUGCAGGAGCAAGGCCCCAAAGAGAAGGGCUGUGGGCCGAUUACCCUGCCAGGAGAACACAACUGCUCCUACUUCAAGCACUUCACACCAGGGCAGAGCUCGGAGAUAUUUGAAGUAACCACCCAGAAAGAGUACAGCAUUUCAGCUGCAGCCAUUGCCAUCUUCAGCGUUGGCUUUGCAAUCAUCGGAACAAUCUGCGUCCUCUUAUCCUUCAGGAAGAAGAGGGAUUAUCUGCUGAAGCCAGCAUCCAUGUUCUACACCUUCGCAGGUCUCUGCAUCAUCAUCUCUGUUGAAGUCAUGAGACAAUCGGUGAAAAGGAUGAUCGACAGCAAGGAGACGGUCUGGAUGGAGUACAGCUACUCCUGGUCCUUCGCCUGUGCCUGCUCCUCCUUCGUCCUGCUCUUCAUCUGCGGCAUCGCCCUCCUCCUGAUUGCGCUGCCUCGCUUCCCCCAGAACCCCUGGGAGACCUGCAUGGAUGCAGAACCGGAGCACUGAUGUUCCCAGCACCCAUGACAAAAAAAGCCAGAAAAGUGUUUUGAAAUGAUUUGUAUUUUUUAAAAUGUCUGGGUCUCACUAUACAAUGUGCACUCCAUUAACUGAGGCCUUACUGAACCAAGGCAUGCUCAAUUGUAAUUCUUGCUUUGUUUCUUCUUUAUUUUUUCUUUUUUCUUUUUUUUUUUUUUUUAAAGAAAGCAGAAAGAGCGUUCAGCACUAGCGAGGGCCGCGGGUGAGUGUCACCGCUCUGUGCCAGCCUGGGGACGCCUUGGGCUGAUGCAGCUGGGGGAAACCCGGGUGUGAGACAGCUCGUGCCCCAGAGAAGACAGCUUUCUUAGGGAGAAGACAUUUGGUAUCGCUAGGGCUAAAGAGCAGAUCCACGAGGGAUAUCGGGCUUUUACACCUCACCUGGUCAGAGAGAGACAGUGAGAAAUUCAAGCGCGUCUCCCAUCCGUGCCGUACUCCUCUACCUCCCCAAGAAGGGCUAGUUCACCCCUCUGAAAUAAGCUGGAGAUCCUUACGUUAUUCUAUUAACUGUUAAAAUUUGUCAGGAAAAAAAAAACAACUCAAAACCCUAAACCCAACUUUGUCUAGCAUUGGGAUAAAACUUUCUCCUACAAAUUUAUACUCUGCAGCUCCAUUCUUUUUGAAUUAAGCACAAAACCCCUGCAAAAUAGUUUUUGUUCUGCUUGAACUUUGAUAGCAAAUCCAAGAAGUGCUGAACAUUAAGAGUGCUAUUUUCCUUUAAUAAAAAGCAUAAUCUUCCAGUA